AUGGGAGGUGAUAUGCCAUGGCCGCAGGUGCCUGUGGGCAACAAAGACCAUACUGAGGCCGCCGUGGUCAUCAUCGGCGCUGGCAUUUCUGGCAUGUGCACCGCCAUCGACCUGAUCAAAAGGAACAAUUGCCGAAACUUCGUCAUCCUCGAGAAAAGCGGUGGGCUCGGGGGCACGUGGCGAGACAACAAGUACCCUGGGUGCUGUUGCGAUGUCUGGUCGCAUCUGUACAGCUACUCUUUCGAACAGAACCCAGACUGGACCCGGGAAUACCCUGGUCAAGAGGAAAUCUUGCAGUAUCUCAUGGGUGUCGCACAAAAGUACGAGUUAUACCGCUAUGUCCGCUUCAACACCGCCGUCGACUCAGCCAAGUGGGACGAUGUAGAGAAAAAGUGGAAGACGACCGUAUCUGUGCAGGGAGCCAAAGACGCCGAGUUUGGGAGCACGUAUACCAUCACCUCUGAUUUUCUCGUCUCUGCCGUGGGACAAUUGAAUGUGCCGAGAAUGCCAGAUAUCCCAGGCGUCGACGAGUUUCAGGGUAAAAUCAUGCACAGCGCCCGUUGGGACUGGAGCUACGAUCUACGAGGCAAGAAAGUGGCCAUCAUCGGGAACGGUGCCACUGCCGCACAGAUCAUCCCGGAGAUUGCCAAAGAAGUCGGCCAUCUGACCAUCCAUCAGCGGACCCCCAACUGGGUCAUUCCCCGUCUUGACACGCCCAUUCCACCGUGGAAGAGGAGUGUCUACAAGUAUCUUCCCUUUGUCCGGUGGCGGAAGCGGGCAGACAUGAUGGAUUUCCGGGAAGGAUUCCACGCAGCCGUCUUUGACAACGCAUCGACGACCGCACAGUUCCUCGAGGCGCAAAGCAAAGAACACAUGCAUGCCCAACUACCAAACCGACCCGACUUGUGGGAGAAGCUCCAGCCCAACUAUUCGAUUGGUUGCAAGCGAGUCAUCAUCAGCGACGACUACUUCCCAGUAUUCCUCCGGGACAAUGUGCGAUUGGAGACAGGCAAAAUCGACAAGAUCACCACCAACGGCAUCGUCACCGAUGGGCACGAGGAGGAUUACGAUCUCAUCGUGCUCGCCACAGGCUUCCGCACCGUUGAGUUCAUGCAUCCUAUUAACAUCACGGGCACCUCUGGCCGCACGCUGAGCGACAUCUGGAAGGAGGGUGGUCAAGCUCUGUACGGUGUCACCGUCGAGAGUCUUCCCAACUUCGGCAUGCUGUACGGGCCCAACACGAACCUGGGACACAACAGCAUCAUCCUCAUGAUUGAGACGCAGAGCAAAUACAUCAAUGCCAUGAUCAAGGAAGUCAUUGAUGCCCGGAAGAAUGGUGGCAGCCUCGUGAUCCAGCCCAACCCGGCCAAGGUUAAGGAGUACAACGAUGAGAUCCAAGCGGAACUGGAGAAGAGCAGCUUCGCAGAUCCUAACUGCAACAGCUGGUACAAGGUCAAGGAAAGUGGUAGGAUUACCAACAACUGGAGUCGCACCGUGGUCGACUAUCAAAAGCUUCUGAGCAAUGUCAAUUGGUCGGAUUAUGAUCUCUCUGGAAGCUUUGCAGACAAAGUGGCCAAGAAAAAGCCCACGCACAUUGGGCGAGUUGUGGAGGAGUCGCAGAUCAGCUACCAGACCAUGGGCCUGACGGCGCUGAGCUUAGCAGCGGUUGGCGCUCGAGAAUACGCGAGCGUAGCAUCGUCCACUGCGAACCACGGCGGUGUGUACAUACCUCCUCACCUCAACUCCGGCAAUCCUGCCGCGCCUCGAAACCUCUCUCUUGGCGACACCCGGUACUCCAAGGACCAACUUCUGAACAUAUUCCAAAAUCUCAAAGACUCCUCGGCUCUAGAUCGGAGCCUGGAAGAUAUCUUCUUGGGCACGUGGAAUCCUUUGGACAGUCACAACGGGGAGAGCGGUCACGGCGCCGGCGGUGACGGAAAAGACCAGACCCCUGGGCCAGAGGUGUGUUGGAGCUACAACAUAAACCCCGAGCCAUUGGGCUUGAGAAGCCUGACCGAGGAGGAGAAACUUCUUUUUUCCGGAUCGGUCAAUUCGCCAAUCAAACCGCAGCAAAAUACCUCCAAAGAAAGCACCGGGGUGGGAGUGAUUGGCGGCCGCAAGGCGUCUCUAUCAAAUUACAGCAGUACGUCCGGAGCCUCGCGACCAGGAACGCGUCGCCGGGAAACGAGUGAAUCCUUCAUGAGUAACGGCCCGAUGUCACCAGUCGAACCGAAGACAUUUUUCCGAACCGAAUCGAACACUGCAACCCCUCCACCUGCUCUGCUGCGACGCCGAACGGACUACAAAGAGGAAGAGGCCACACCAAUUCCCAAGGAAGACCCUGAGCCGGACGAAAGCCCAGAGUCUCAACCUCCAUUUCCCGGACUGCGCCGUGCUGGCACUGGUCCUCUCAGUGCCGGUUUAAAUCCUCCGCCCGCAUCGCCCUGGUCAGCCGGACCACAAGGGUCUGGCUUUGGACCUAUGGGUACCUUUGGUAGCUUUGCGAUUGGGGCCGCGAGCAUCCCCCCCGACUCUAGCGACAAGCGACCGGGAUUCGGUAGCGCGCGCAGUGCGAGCCGCUUCAAGGAUCUUCUGUCCAAGUCGAGUUCGGAGGAUGUCUCACAACCUGGAAAAGACAAGGGCCUGUUCGGAGCGCUUGAGAAGCUGCCCGAAGAGGAUGCCGAUGCCAGCCACGCGAGGUUGCGCGACGAGCUCAAAACGCGCCCUGGCCGGAGUGAGACCAACCCAUAUGAGGACGCACCAGUGCGGGCAGGCAGCGCAGCGCUGGGUGGCGCGCAGGAGGCCAUACCUCCCAGCGCCGGCAUCGAACAAAUGGGCAUGUCCGCGUUCGGUCCUCAUGCAGCGAUUGGCACCCGGGACUUCGGCCACGAUGAAGGAUACCAGCAGACACCCCACGGACGAUACAACCUCCACGAACCCAUGAGCCCCACGAACACCAACCCAUACCAAAGUCCCCAUGGCCGCAUCGACGACGAUGAGCGCGACACGAACGACUCGGCGUCCCAAGCGUCGGGUCUCCCCCCCUUUGGCGGAGCUACACGUCGAAACAUGUAUCCUGGCUCUGACGAUCGCAGUCAUUCCGCAAGCGGUCUCCGCAGUGCCAGUGGUUUUGGUGGCCUGUCAGGCUUCGGUGGCCUCGGCGGCAAUCCUACUUGGUCUGGCGCCGGUAUUGGAACGGGCAAACCUGCCAUGGAUCGAGGAAUUGCGGCCGCGUUUGGCGAUCCCAUAUUCAGCCCUCUGUCCGAAUUGCAGUCACCGGGUGGCUUGGGAGGCGGGUUCGGGGGAUUUGGUUCUGGAGGACGGGCUGCUCGGCUCGGAGCCAUGUUGCCUGCGGCCAUGCAAGAACAAAUUCGCGGGGAUAGUAGGAACGAGAAUGUGUCUUUCGACUCUCGUCCCGACAGUGCACAGCAACAUCCCAUGCGCGACCCUUUCGAUGGCGUCAACCGUCGACCAGAUGAGUUUGGUCAUCCAUCUAGUCUCUUCGAAGAGUCUCCUUCCAUGAGGAGUGUUGAAGAGCCUCUGGGUGCCAACCCACCUGGUCAAUUUGGACCUCCGAGCUCCGGACCCCCCACAACGUCCGUGUCCAUCUCUGGCUCAGCUUCGCAGACGGCGGCUCCCCGAACGGGCGGAUCGGAUAACUACCAGUCCGGCCACGGCCUCAGCCAAUCGAGCGGCAGCAACUCUUCGAGUCAGUUGCCCGCUACGCAACAGCGACAAAUGGUGAUGCCCGACCGCAUGCGCUGGAUCUACCGUGACCCUCAAGGAAAUACUCAGGGACCAUGGUCCGGGCUGGAAAUGCACGACUGGUUCAAGGCCGGCUUCUUUACCGCCGAACUUCAGGUGAAGAAGCUCGAAGACGCCGAAUUUGAGCCCCUUGCCCAGCUGGUGAGGCGUAUAGGAAACUCUCGCGAGCCUUUCUUGGUGCCUCAGAUUGGUGUUCCGCACGGUCCUCCCACGGCUGGUCCUGGCAAUAACUGGGCCAACCCUGCCAUGGGGGGAGCCACCAGCGGUGCUGCUCAGCCACCCUUUGCGAACAGCUUCCCGAGCUUUGGCACGACCUUGACCGCCGAACAACAGAACGCUCUCGAGAGACGCAAGCAGGAAGAGCAAUACCUGAUGGCACGACAAAAGGAACACCUGGCGCAACAACAGAUGGCCAUGAAGAUGCAGAUGCAAAACGGCAUGCACUCUCUCCACCAUCAUUCGAGUGCCCACUCGCUGCAAAGUCAACCGAGCUUUGGGAGUAUCACUUCGCCCACGGGUUAUCAGCCCUCGCCCAUCCAGCCGUUGAUGCCACCGCCGCAGCAAACUCUGCCGUUCACCCAUCACGCCGGACCCUCGGCGGGACCGACUUUUGGCCGCGAAGACGACAUUCAUAACAUGAUGGACCGUUUGAGCUUCAAUCAACGUGCCAAUCUGCCGUUUGCCGGCGCCCCUUUAGGCCCUCCGCCACCGGACGUGGCACCUUCUUCCCAGCAAGUCAACACCAUGCUUCAAGAUAGGGCUCGGCUGCAGCAGCAACAACAACAACAACAACAGCAAGGCGACAUGCGCGGCCAUCAGGACACUUUUUUAGGCCCACAGGGCCGCAACGAGCGGCUGGACGAGUUCCACAGACUCCGUGGACAAGUAGACAUACCAGCUGGUCGUCUCGGCCCUGAAGAGCCUCGACCCCAACCCAUCGGUGCACCUCGCCAAGUCAGCGAGCAACCUGCCACGUCGGCGCCACCCAAGGUUCCGGGCCCCAUCGGACAUGCUGCCGUUACGGCAAAACCAGAGCCAGAGCCACUUUCGUUGGCGCAACAAGUGCAGAUUGCGGCGGCCAGCCAACAAGCCGCUGCGGAAGAAAGUGCGUGGGCCAAGAAAGACGCUCCGAUCGACCCUCCGCCUGUCUCGAUUUCGCCUUUGCCCGCCCCCGCCGCCCAGCGUAAUAGGCAACACGUCGCCGACGCACUGGCUGCGGAGUCCCGAUCGGCCACUCAAACACCCAUCGAGACGCCCGUUGUCUCCGUGGCCCCGUGGGCGGAGCGCAUCGCCGAACAUGCCAAAGGACCAUCCCUGAAGGAAAUUCAAGAAGCUGAAGCCAAACGUGCCGCAGAACAAGAGGAAAUCGCUGCUGCCGCUCGACGGGCACAAGCAGAGCAAGAAAGACUGGCCCAAGUCCAGGCUCCCGCUCCCGCCCCGGGCCUACCGUCAACAUCGACUUGGGGCAGCUCUGCGUCGCCUGUGACUCCUGGCGCUCAAACCACCUCUGUCUGGGCGAAGCAACCCCCUGCCAAAACAGGCGGCGGAGCGAAUGCGCCAAAGAAGACGCUGGCCCAGAUCCAGAAAGAGGAAGAGUCUCGCAAACAGCGUGCGGUGGCGGCGGCGGCAGCCGCUGCUGCAAGUGCGCCAACUCCUGGCACCCCCACCAAUUCGGCCGGCAAGAGAUACGCUGAACUCGCGGGCAAAGCUGCUCCAGCGAAUCCGGGCACAACGGGCGGUGCCUGGACAACGGUAGGCUCUGGUGGUAAGGCCAAAGCGCCGCCUGCUGUCGUCGCCACGCCUCAGCCGGUUUCCCGAACGGUGUCGGCCAGCAGCGCCCCCAAGACACGACCAACCCUGCAAACCCCGCGGAGCAGCACCCUCACCAACCAGAGCAAAGCGAACGAAGAAUUUACCAAGUGGAUCAAAGGGUCGCUCGGGAAGGGGCUGAACAGCAGCAUCAAUUUGGACAAUUUCGUGCAAGAUCUGCUGCAGCUCCCACCCGACGUCGAAAUCAUAUCAGAUAGUGUCUAUGCAAGUUCGCAGACCCUGGACGGUCGUCGCUUUGCCGAGGAGUUUGUUCGGCGCCGGAAGCUCGCCGACAAGGGUGUCGUGGAGCCUGCCACCGGAGUUCAGCCCAUGAUGGGGAUUGGUGGCGGUGCCGACAACAAGAGUGCAGGGGCCGCAGGAGGCGGAUGGAGCGAGGUGGCGAAGAAGGGACCGGCGAAUGCCAGUGCCGCGAAGGAGGAGAGCAACAGCCCGUUCAAGGUUGUGGCCACGAAGAAGAAGGGCAAGAGGUGA